CUAAUUUCAGGUCAGCCGGAACAAUCUUUAGAAGAAGUGUUAAGAUCUAUCAAACACGUGAUACUGGUUCUAUCUGGCAAAGGGGGAGUUGGUAAAAGCACUGUAACUACCCAGAUUGCAUGGACUCUUUACCAUCAUGGGAAAAAGGUUUUUGUUUUUGUUAUUGUUGUUGGAAAAGUAGUAACAUAAACAAGGACAACCAAGCUUGACUGCAAGCCAUGUCUCAAAUAAUUUGCCUGAUAUUACUGAUAAGAUGAGUAAAAACUUGCAAGAAGAGCAGUUCAGGUGGAAAAGAGAACAAGAAAAUACUGUGGAACCCUCCAAGUUAAAUUUUUCCUUUGGUGGCCAUUUGGCGACCACCUUUUUAGGUUUAGUCGCCAAAGGAUUUUUCUAGCCACCAAAAUAUACAUCAAUAAUUAAAGUUUUAAUAAUUGGUUGAUAAUUAAUUGGGGCUUAAGAAUGGUAUUGUUCAGCCAAAACAAUGUUUCUAAAUGCCAUUUACCGUAUUCACCAGUGUAUACGGUAACUUAUAAUCCAUGUCGAGUAACAUCCAUGUCGUUUCCUCUAGUAUCAGUUUUCUCUGGUCGCCAACUUGGUGAGUAUUUACUGAAUCAAGUCACCAGUACCAAAAUUUUAGUCGCCAUGGCACAAAAAGUGGUUGCAGCUUGGAGGGUUGUUAAAAUGAGUUAGCACGUUUCUUCAAUAGGAAGUUAUUUUGAACCUAAAACCUCUCAAAAAAGGGAUCCAUUUUUUGUAGGGCUUAGUGGUAUAUAUCCACUCUGUAAAUAGUUGCCAGAGUUCCCUUUCUCCGGGUGAUCCCUAUUUGACUGAUAGUUAAUCUGACCAUUUUGAUGGCUCAUCCAUCUGCAGUACAAGUUACCCAGUUGACACAAAGAGUUCAAAAAAUUCUCCCAUUCAGUCAUCUGGGAUAGGUAGAGAUAUUCUUGCUGGGCAAGUAACUUUGUUAGCUUGCUUACCUAAUGGGCAAGGGCUUAUGCAAGUCAUCUUGUAAAUACAUGUAAAGCAUUUACUAGGACAAACAAGCAGUGAUCCCAGGCAAGCAAGAUGUGAUAGCUGCUUGCCUGAAGGACAUGGUGAAAAUAACAGUUUUGCUAACGGCUUGAACGCUUUCCCAAGUCGUUUUAGCGCUUAGUUAACAGGUUCUUAACACUUUAAGCCGUUGAACGGUAAACCGUUAGUGUACGUUUUCCUGGAGAAGGUCACAUAUACCAAUUUUGUUAAAUUCCUGGUUCAAUUCAUAAAGCCUUUUUUGCUUUAAUCAUCUUUCAGGUUGGUAUUUUGGAUGUUGAUUUAUGUGGACCAAGCAUUCCAAGAAUGAUGAAUGUAGAAGAGAAAGAUGUACACCAGUGUUCUGCUGGGUGAGUGAUAAAUAACUUCCUAGUAAUUUUGUAGCGGAAAAAAAAUGAAGUACAAACCUAGCCUUGGUGAACGAAGACUAGAAAAAUUGACGGUGAAUCUGGGAAUCAUUUCAUCCAGUCUUGCAAUCUCUAAGGAGUAUUAAAUUGUGAUGAGUUAGGCAAGUUUGUUUCAUGUUUGUGUUAACUGUUCUAAGUUGUAGGAUUUUCAAACAAUCAUUUGGCCAUUGUUUUGAAUUAAACCAUUUUCUACCUGUAAAAUAAAUAAUAAUGUGCUUAUCACCAGCCUGAGCUUAAUAUUCAUCACCUAGCCUGUACCAGGCUCUUGGUCAGUGGUCAUUUGGCCAGUGUUUUGAAUUAAACCAUUUGCUGUACCUGUAAAGUUAAUAAUAAUGUGCUAAUCACAAGGCUGAGCUUAAUGUUCAUCAACUAGCCUGUACCAGGCUCUUGGUCAGUGCAGAGAAGCAAAAAAACAGGCAAGCAGCGAAACAGCGAGCGAGUGAAAAAUUGUCUCCUUGCAAAUGUGUGCUAAUAAAAUUGUAAGGAGAAAAUGCUGAAGAUGUGAUUGACCAUAUUUUCUUUAAUUCGGUUGCAUCAUAAAUGUCAUUUGGCCUUAAUUUCUUUUAAAUUCAUUUCAGAUGGGUUCCAGUUUAUACAGACAAGGAUCAACGACUAGCCGUCAUGUCAAUAGGAUUUUUAUUAAAUAGCAGAGAUGAUUGUGUAGUGUGGAGGGGGCCAAAGAAAAAUGGUAUAAAUUUGUAUUCUUAUUAACUUUCUUUGACUCAUAUUUCAACCUGUUUUUACUCUAUGGGCAAGCUUUAAGUAGAAUUCUCUUGGUUUUUAAACUCUGCAAAUAUAUGUUUUUUAUAGCUUUAUUAUUAUAACGUCUAUUUGUGGCUUUCUGUUCUCCUCUUUUUUGUAUUCUUUUUAAUUUUGCUGGGCUUUUACUUGGCUUAAUUUAUGUAGGAAGCACCAGAGGGUAGCAAGUUAGAUCAAUUUUCUCUUUCACCAGUCAAAGCAACAUGAGUUUUUGCAAUUAUGCACUGUCCCUUAAACUAAAGGAAUCAGUCACAUUUGGGCAUGGUUCAAAAGAUCUUUUUAUCCUUCAUGAAUCAUAAAGACUGUCCAUGUAAAAGUGUACAUAAUGUUAAAGAUAAACCAGUGAUAAUAAUGGUCAUGAGGGUCUAAAACACUUUCUUUUCUUAGUUUUGUAGUUAAUUAUUUUUAUAAUCAUUUUACUGUGUAGCAAUGAUCAAGCAGUUUUUAUCAGAUGUGUGUUGGGGUGAGCUGGAUUACUUAAUUAUUGAUACACCUCCAGGUAAGAUUUUUUUUUUUAUCAAUAAUUAACUUACAGUGUAAAGGAAAAUAUGUCUAGCAAAUCAAAGAAUAACUACCUACAUGUAACAACUGCCAAAAUUAAUGUAGCUUUAGUUACAUGAAUGAAAGAACUGAGACCAAACUUCUUGCAGUGUACAUGUAUUUUAUUUUUCUUGUUACAUGUAAUUGGUACUAUGCCAAUUUAAUUGUAUAUAGCAGUGCUGGAUCCUUCACAGCGGUCAAACGAGUGAAAUUUGCAAAAGUUAAGCGAAGUACUUCAAAGUUAAGGUUGCUACUUUCACUAUCGAAAGUUUAGGGUAUUACCAACAUCCUGUUAGUUUACUAAACUUUUUAAAAGUUUCCUACAAAAGUUCUAAGUGAUUGAAAACUGAUGCUGACGUUAUUAUCGGCACCAUUUUUAAAACAUGAUUCUCUUUUAGCGAGAAGCGUUUUCAGCGAAAAAAGCUCAAAAUUUUGAGAAAAAUGGAAAGAUAGUUAUGUUGACUAACUGAUUUAUACAUCUUUGCCCAUUUUUCUCUAACUGAUAAAUGAAAUCCCAGGGAUAAAAAACAAAAAUAACGAUUUAGACGUUUGACCGCGGUGGUGCUGGAUCCAGACCUUGAGAUAAGGGGGGAGGGGUGGUCAUCCCAACCCUUAGAUAAAGGGGGGGAGGGGGGGCUAUCCCCCCAAACAUUUUUUCGGCCCUUUCAGCCUCACUUUGGUCUGAAAAUAAGGGGGGCCUCAGGCCCCUCCCCUGGAUCUGCCACUGCUUAGAGCCAUGUUUGUUGUUGGACCGUUUUUAAUGUUUUUAACUCCAGGGACAUCUGAUGAGCACAUAACAGUCGUGGAAAAUCUUAGGCAUUACAACCCAGAUGGAGCCAUUCUUGUCACUACUCCUCAGGUAUAAGCCAGCUCUUUCUGUAGUUUUUAUUUCAGUCUAGUUGAAAUAAUCAACUUGAAAACACAGGCCAUCUGAUAGGAAAUUGUGCGAUUCUUUCAGGGCUAAUUAACAUUGUUUUACCAGGUUUCAAAGGAGAAAAAUCACUUGAAUGUUGUUUAACAGGCAAUUUAAAUGGCAAAGAAUAAACAAAAUAGUUAAAUUUACAUGAUGCCAUUACACCAGUGACCCCCAGAUUUGAUAGUUUAUGAUCAUUUGUGGCAAGCAGUGAUUAAACUGCACAUCUAUGUAGCAACAUGAGCAGUACAUGACAAAUGAAAAUAAUGCUAAAAAGAUAUUAAUUUUGACUUGAAAUGGUAACACAACUUCUUGUAAUACAGAGGUUUUCUUCAUGGCCCACAAAAUAAAGAUAGAAACAAACUAAAUAUUAAUUAAUAGUACAAGUAAGAAUCACAACUGCAUGGAGGCAAAGCAGUUGGUUAUUUACAAGCUAUAAUCAAACAGUUGAACUCAGGACCCUUUCAGCUAGGGUUAUGAUAGGGUUUGAGGUACUCAGGGCCUUCCGAUUGUAUGUCCAGUAUUCUAACCGCUUAGCUAUGCUGUCUCAACUUAUAAAGUCAUUUUUUUAAAAAAAAUCUUACUCAGUUUAUUCAGUUUUCAAAUUAGACACUGACAGUGUCUUAAAAAUGGCAAAAAUAAUAAUAACAAGUGAAAUUGCUGAGUUUUCUGACAGUUAGGCGAUCUCUGUGGUCUCCACAUUGCUCAGUUCAACUUUCAGCUUCUAAUUUAAAUAAUUAGUAAGCUUGUACCUAAUUUAAGCUGAUUUGAAGCAACAUGUAAAGCAGUUGAUAUUAUGCACAUUUGUAUCCAAGUUAUAAAAAUCAUUUUUUUUUCGAACUUGUUUGAGCCUAGAUAGAGAUACUUAAUACUCACUAGAUACUAGAUAGAGAUUCUAGCACAGGGGCCCCACUCACAUAUUUCAAUGACGGGGGGGUCCGAAGGAUUUUUUUGGGUCUGACAUUUUGGCCAAAAGGGAUUUUUGUGGGUCUAUGAAAGACGCCGGGAUUUUUUUGGUCUCGAAAACAACAGAGGGAUUUUUUGGGGUAUUGUAUUUUUCAUCAGCUCAAAUCAAAAAUAACAUAAGCGCAAUUUAUAGUUUUGUUUUUGACCAAAACCAAAGUUGAAGUUGGCAUGUUUUAGCUUUCCAGAAGAUAAAUAAUAAAAUUUGCUGAUGCAAAAACACUGAGGGAUUUUUUGGGGUAUGCUAAAAAAAGUAGGGAUUUUUUUGGGUAGACAAAUUCUGAAGUUGGGAUUUUUUGGGGUAUAAAAUAUGAACCUCUGUCGGACCCCCCCGUCAUUAAAAUAUGUGAGUGGGGCCCCUGGGGAUUCUAGAUAGAGAUACUUAAAGGUGAUGUUACACAUGACGAUUGGCAACAACGAUUUUGAGCGCAACACAGUGUGGCAAUGUUGCAACCAUUCGAACCAAUGUUGUAAUGCUGUGUUACGCUAAAAAUCGUCGUUCCAAAUCGUCCCGUGUAACAUCACCUUAAUAGACUGAGAUACUUAAUACUUGAUACUUAAUGUGGUUUUUAAAACACUUAUCAUUCAAAAUAUUGUCAUUCUUGAUCUCCAGGGUGUUGCCGUGUCUGACGUCAGAAGAGAAAUUUCCUUCUGUAAAAAAACAAAAAUUCCAGUCUUGGGCGUGGUUGAAAACAUGAGUGGAUUUGUCUGUCCUCAUUGUAGUGUAAGUUGCCCAGGCAGAGAAUUAGUUGACAAAAUCAUAAUUGAAUUCAGUGUAGAGCAUGGCAAGAGAUGAAGUGCAGUACUGUACAUAGAUAAUAUAAGCAACCACUCAACAUUUAAAGAUUUAGUGGUUGCUUAUGGGAGGUUGUUGCUUUAUACAAUAAUCAAACAACAUGCCUGGGAUCUUUUCUGAUUAUGUCCCAACACAACUUCUUUUUGCCAGAAAAUUAAUUGCUAAGUGCACCUUUUUUAUAGCUCCAUGUUUACUGAGAGCUGUUCCCAACUUCAUUUAAUGUUCUGAGUAUUGCAGUUAAACACGAGCAAGCAUAGAGAUCAGACCAUACAUCUAUGGAUGGCCAAAUGGUGCAAAAUUUAAGACACAAUAUUGGCCUCAUGUUCAAAAAUUUCUCAUCAAUUACCUUGAUAAGAACCUUUUUGAAAGUGAACCCAAUUCUGCUUAGAACUUAAGUUUUGACGUACCAUUUGGCAUUCCAUAUGCAUCAAGCAGUUGCUUAUAUGCAAUUAAAAACAAUGGAAUAUUAUGGAACCUUCUAAUUUCCAGAUCGAGAUAAGGAUAGAGAUAGCUGACUUUUUUUAUUAUUGCAGGAAUGUACAAAUGUGUUUUCUAAAGGAGGAGGAGAGGCUCUAGCAAAAACUUGUGAUGUUCCAUUCUUAGGUAACAGCACCUUCAAAAUAUUAUUAGAGUGGAGCCUCUUUUCUGGAGACAACUUUUGGAUUGGGACGAGUGUCCCCUGA